AUGGCAGCCACUAUGGUGGAGUUGAGCAGAAACAGCGCUGUGUGUUCGCGGUUUUAUCAUUUUUCUCAGUGUUUUCUGAACAGUGUUAGAGUUUAUUUACUUCUUGUUCUUCUUCUCGCUCUGACUGAGCGGAGUUUGGGAUAUGACGAGUAUGAGGGACUUGAAUUUCUGAAGAGAGAGUAUUCGCUGAGCAAGCCCUACCAAGGCCUGGGCUCCUCCAGUUCCUCUCACUGGGACCUGAUGGGCACGGCUAUGAUCACACCCGAGUACGUACGACUGACUCCAGAUCUGCAGAGCCGACAGGGCGCCGUAUGGAGCCGCAUCCCCUGUUACAUCAGGGACUGGGAGCUGCAGGUUCAUUUCAAGAUCCACGGGCAGGGAAAGAAAAACCUGAACGGCGACGGCAUGGCGCUCUGGUUCACCAAGGAACGCAUGCAAAUAGGUCCGGUGUUUGGAAACAGGAACUAUUUCACAGGUCUGGGCAUCUUCAUAGACACCUACCCCAACGACGACAAGCACCACGAGCGAGUGUUCCCGUACGUCUCGGCGAUGGUGGGGAACGGGACGCUGCUGUACGACCACGAUCAGGACGGGAGGAACGAAGAUCUGGGCGGCUGCUCGGUCACCGUGCGUAACGUCGAUGACGACACCUUCGUCCUGGUCAGAUACGUGAAGAACACGCUGACGGUGUUGACGGACGUAGAAGGGAAGCAGGAGUGGAAGGACUGUCUGGAGGUCCCGGGUGUGCACCUCCCUCAUGGUUAUUACUUCGGAGCCUCGUCGCUCACCGGAGACCUUUCAGAUCACCACGACCUGAUCUCCAUGAAGCUGUUCGAGCUGACCGUGGACAGAACCCCUAAGGAGCUGGAGAACGAGGACGAGGUUCUGAUCCCCAGCGUGGACUACAGGGAGGUUCCAGUGGAGGUGCAGGACGAGGGCUUGAGCAUCCUGGCCAAAAUCUUCAUGUUCAUCUUCUCGGUGGUCGGCCUGGUGACGUUCGUGUUCGCCGCGCUCUUCAUCUGCCAGCGCUGGAAGGAGCGCAGCCGCAAACGCUUCUACUGAACACUGAGAGAGUGUGUGUGUGUGUGUGUGAGUGUGUGUGAGUGUGUGUGAGUGUGUGUGAGUGUGUGUGUGUGUGUGUGAGCUCCGAAUUCACUGCUGCAUCCACCUGAACUUACCUCUGAAAGCCAAGAGCCAUACGGAGAGAGCGGCCUCGUCCCAAAUCUCGCGUCUCCAUGAUCUACUGUGGAAGGAACCAAGUUGUGUGUGUGUGUGUGUGUUGACGGGGGUGGUUUACCAGGGUUUGUGUACAAUUACUGACUGUAGCCCCUCUGUAGCCCAUAUGUCCAUGUAGCCCCCCCACAUUGGACCCCCAGUCUCACUGAUUGGAUCACAUGAUCUCAGUGGUUUUAUAUUGUUCUCCUCCCAGCUUUGACACUGAGGUGUUUCGAAUCCCAACAACACUGCUGCACCUGCUGCAUUCACAUACAAGUCCACACAUUAGCAUGUGCAGGGCUGUGAAUCGAACCCAUGACCUAAACUGGUCAGUAAGGCUCCAAUGGGGGUCCAUUGGGGGGGGGGGGGGGGUGACAGUGUAGCUCCUUAAAUGGCCAGU